ACACAUUUGCAAUGAAAGUUAAUGGCGUAAGCAUAGUGAAGGGUGUAUGAGAAACUGGCAAAUUAAUUAUCAAAACUGAAAGAAACCGAAACAUACCAGCCCCUUGGUUUUUUUUGCCUUUGAUUCCAAAGCCAAAGCCAAAGCCAGAGAAGAAGUAGAGGAACAAAAAAACAAUCUUAUUCUUUGCUUUUAUGCACAUAAUCUCCUUAGCUUGACACUACCUUCUUUCUAAAAUACCCCAACACUUGUAGUAUAUAUAUAUACAGGUUAGGGGUGUAAAACAAGGCAGGUUUUUUUGUUUGUUUGUUUGAAGAAGGGCUGGAUUUGUUUUGGUUUCGAGGGGGAAAUGGAGAGGAAGAAGAAAGAGGUGAUCAGAUUGGAAAGGGAAUCAGUAAUCCCAAUUCUGAAACCAAAGCUCAUCAUGACCUUGGCCAACCUCAUUGAACAUGGCAAUGACAGGGCGGAGUUUGUAAAACUAUGCAAGAGAGUCGAGUACACCAUACGAGCUUGGUAUCUUCUGCAGUUUGAAGAUUUGAUGCAACUGUAUUCUCUCUUUGACCCUGUGUCCGGCGCUAAGAAAUUGGAGCAGCAGAACCUGUCUCCUACUGAAAUUGAUGUACUUGAACAGAAUUUCCUAACCUACUUAUUUCAGGUGAUGGACAAGAGCAACUUCAAGAUAACAAGUGAUGACGAGAUUGAGGUUGCACUCUCUGGACAAUAUCUUCUAAAUCUUCCUAUCAAAGUUGAAGAAUCCAAGCUUGACAAGAAACUUUUGAAGACGUACUUUGCUGAUCAUCCUCAAGAAAACCUCCCAGACUUUUCUGAUAAGUACAUUAUCUUUCGGCGUGGGAUUGGAAUUGAUAAAACAACUGAUUAUUUUGUCCUGGAGAAAGUGGACAUGCUCAUUGGACGUCUUUGGGGAUCUCUUUUAAGAGUAACCCGGCUAGACAAAAUUUUCGCAAGAAAGUCAAGGGGACAGCAUAAGAAAGAUUUAAAGAAGAACGAUGACCAUAACUCUGAAGAAGAUCAGGAUGAUUUAUUUGUCGAAAGAAUCCGACUGGAAAAUAUGGAUUUGAGUGUUAAAAAUUUGCUGAGAAAGACUACAAUACAAGAGCCUACAUUUGAUAGGAUUAUAGUCGUUUACAGGAGAGCAGCUCCAAAAUCUAAAACAGAGCGAGGGAUAUACGUGAAACAUUUCAAAAACAUUCCAAUGGCUGAUUUGGAAAUAGUUCUUCCUGAAAAGAAAAACCCAGGGUUAACUCCAAUGGACUGGGUCAAGUUCCUGGUUUCUGCUGUAGUUGGGCUGGUUGCUGUGUCUGGUUCGGUUGAGAUGCCUAAGGCUGAUCUUUGGGUCAUUUUUGCUGUCCUUUCCACAGUUGUUGGUUACUGUGCUAAAACAUACUUCACGUUUCAGCAAAAUUUGGCUGCAUAUCAGAACUUAAUAACACAGUCCAUGUAUGAUAAACAACUAGAUAGUGGAAAGGGUACUCUUCUUCAUCUGUGUGAUGAUGUGAUUCAACAGGAAGUCAAGGAGGUUAUCAUUUCCUUCUUUAUAUUGAUGGAACAGGGCAACGCUACUAGGCAGGAUUUGGAUUUGCGUUGCGAGGAACUGAUUAAAGAAGAGUUCGGUGAGAGCUGUAAUUUUGAUGUGGAUGAUGCAGUUGAAAAGUUGGAGAAGCUGGGCAUUGUUGCUCGGGAUUCUCUCGGACGGUAUUUCUGUGUUUCGCUAAAACGUGCUAAUGAGAUUAUUGGCACUACAACUGAAGAGCUCGUUCUCAAGGCACAGCAGGGUGUUAUGACUAAUCCUUGAUGCUGACUGUGGAAAGAUGCGUUUUCCUAUCCACCACCUGUUUCAAUCCAGCCUCUUUCUAGGUCUAAUAGCUCAAAUAGUUAUCUGCAGUUGUCAGCUGUUCUUACAAGCAUCGCUGGUCAGAACUUGGAUGUCCUAUUUUACCUGACUGCUUUCCCUAUUUCGAGCUCCAGUUUCCUUUUACAUCAAUGCAAGUUAGAGACGUGAAGCAAAGAACUCCUCUGGGGAGGGAGGACAAGGGGUGCCAGUGGUGCCUGGAGCUCAUUGGCGCUUCAGUUCUGUUAAUAUUUGUAAAUGUUGAAUGCCUGCGACUUCUCAAAUCCCGAGGAAGGUAGUUUUUGCAUGGUUUCGGCUUUUGUUGAAUGCUUUUUAUACUUGCUCAUAAAACCGUUGUGGGCUUAAAUACUUUCAUGGUGCUUGGCUAUUGUCUUCGCGGCCAUCUGCAUAUAAUUGAAGUAAAAGAUGAACGAAAUUUCCUUU